UUUGUCAGUUGAAAGAAAUGACAUCCUAAGAAGGCUUGUAAAUAUUUUAGAAUUUAUUCUGAAUCGUGAAGUUAAAGCCCCAGGGAGGGAUUCUAAGUGUUUGACUGCAGAGAAGUGACGCCCUGCCUGCAUCCAGAUGUUUCAUGUUUCCCCUGCGCGCUCUUUGGAGAGGUCUGCCCGCUGCGGAGGAGCAGUGAAAACUAAGCUUGUUGUCCAUGGCAUCAGAUCGGUUUAAAAUACCUACGAGUACAAUGUUUUUUGCUUGAAGUGUUUGGUUUGGUUCUUUUGUUAUUUUCCUAUCUUGAGAAUAAUGGAGAGCAGCAUUCUGAGGACGGCGGUGCUGCUGGAGUUACAUUUGUUUUGGGUCUUUGCGCUGUCUGUGCACGGACACUCCGGUCCAAAUCAAGACAAUGCGAUUGACCUUCUGGCAGCCCUUAACAUGUCCCAGCAUAGAGGUAGUGUGUCCAAGCUUCAGAGUCCCAGCAGCGUGAUGUAUAAAAUACGUCCCAGAGCAGCCUACCUGACUCUCCCUCGUGAAUACUCAAACUUUCUGCACUCCAACCUUCAAGGUAGCAUUGGGGUGCAUUUGGUAGGCCGUCAGGCAUCAGGAUCCACAGCCACAGUUUUGUCUCUCUCCUCUGCAUCUUUGCCCAUCCUCCAAAUUGUCUCCUCCACUCUGAAUGGCACGCUGCGCUUGGACUACUCAGCUGGAGGAAGAGGUCUUGCCAGCUUUCACUAUCCAAGGAGAAAUCCUCUCUCUGGAGGGGAAUGGGUGCAACUGGCUGUGAACCUGGAGCCUGAUAGACUGACAUUUUUUGUAGACUGUCAAGAAGCUGCUGUUUUAGCAUUAGAAAAUGAAAACAGUAUCAAUCUGGAACUUCCUCAAGAUGUAAUCAUUGCUCUUGCCAGCACACCUGGAAAUAAAGACAGCAAAUUCAAUGGAUAUUUAAAGACAGCUGAAAUUUCACUGAAAGCAUAUUUGAGGCGUCCAUGGAGCUGCAAGAACAUUACAGAUGAUCUGCCGCCAUCUCAUUACACAGACACGCAAACUAGUCAAAAUUCCCCGACUGACUCCAGUCAAAAGUUGCAUCAUGGUGCUUCAACCGGUGAACUUCAAACAAACCACAGGAUACAAGAACAAACCAGCCAUUAUCCCAAGGACAUCCAGAGUGAUCAGCUGCAGAGAGGUGCAGUACUGGGGCCCCCAGGGGUAAAAUCUGAGGCAAAUGAUAGGCUAAACAAGCUGGAGAGGAGGUUGGAGGAGCUGACUCGUAUGCUGGAUAUAGUCAAAGCUCAGAAUGUAGAUCUACAGUCACGUGUAAAAUACCUGGAGGGAUGUGAGUGUGUGAGGCAGCAAUGUGUGUGGGAGGGACAUGAAGUGGAGGAUGGCCAGCAGUGGCAGACUGACCUCAACAUCUUGUGUUCAUGCACAUCUGGAAAGGUUACAUGCACCAAAAGUGAAGGGUGUGAUCUGGAUUGUAGGGUUCACAAUGUGUCCUACAAUACCGUGGACGGCUGUCAGACAUGUACAUGUAAGGGUGGAAACAGGGAGUGCUCUCCGUUUCCAUGCCCUCCACUAGACUGCUCACUGAAGGAGACAAUACCCGGAGACUGCUGCCAGCAAUGCAGAGGUUGCACCCAUUCUGGUGUGAGGUAUGAACAUGGAGAAAAGUGGAAGCCUGCAGAGAAUCCCUGUGAUUUCUGCUCCUGUUUGGAGGGUCAUGUUCGCUGUGAGAGGGAGCAGUGUAACACUCUGUGUAGAUACCCUGCUGCUCCUCCACCCAAUAGCUGCUGUCCAGUCUGUCAAGGCUGUGGUGUGAAUGGACAUGACUUCCCUAAUGGAGCUGUUAUCCCAACUGGAGACCGCUGUCAGGAAUGUACAUGUGUGAAUGGAAAUAUGGCGUGUUCACCACUUCCAUGCCCUGCCGUGUCUUGUCGUAGCCCUGUGCAUCAUGCUGGAGAAUGUUGCCCUCGCUGUGAGCAGUGUGAAUAUGACUCUGAAGUGUAUUUGAAUGGACAGAAGUUCCCAUCCAGGAGAGACCCAUGUCUCCACUGCCAAUGCUCUGCAGGUGAAGUGUCUUGUGAGCAAAUGGAUACAUCGUGUCGGACACCACACUGUAGUCAUCCAGCUAAGCGCAGAGGAGAGUGUUGUCCCUUGUGCAAAGAGUGCGAGUAUGACAUGAGGGUGUAUGCUGAUGGAGCAGUAUUUGUUCCUGCUGGCAGUGGACCCUGCCUGCAGUGCAGGUGUAAGGCUGGGAAUGUAAUUUGCCAUGAAGAGAAAUGUCCUCCUGUCCAAUGCUCCAACCCUAUUAAAGAUCCACAUCUUUGUUGUCCAGUCUGCAAGGCAUGUGUUUUGGAGGGGGUGGAAUAUGAAGAAGGCUCCAACUGGCACCCCGAGGGUCCAUGUACCAGUUGCACUUGUGUGCAAGGAGAGACCUUUUGUUCACACAUGCAGUGCCCCUCCACUAAUUGUCUGCAUCCCACGAAGAUUGCUGACUCUUGCUGUGAAGUGUGUGAAAGCUGCACUUACAGCCAUCGAAUCUACAGCAACGGCCAGAGGUUCACAACCCCUGACCAGCCCUGCCACACCUGCACUUGUCUGCAUGGUACUGUUGGGUGCGAGAGACGACCUUGUCCUCCACUCAACUGCACCAACCCUUACACCCCACCUGGAGAGUGCUGUCCUAAAUGUCGAGACUGCUCCUUUGAAAACCGGAUAUUUGUGAAUGGAGAGGCUUUUCCUAGUCCUGUUAGUGUUUGUGAGGAGUGUAAGUGUGUGAGUGGAAGGGUAGACUGCUAUCAAGCACAAUGUCCUCAGCCUCACUGUAAUGCACCUCUACCUGGAACAUGCUGUCAGAACAACUGCAACGGCUGUAGCUAUGCUGGGAAGGAAUAUCCCAAUGGACAGGAGUUUCCUCAUCCCACUGACCAAUGCAGGACAUGCAGCUGCACAAAUGGGAAUGUCCAGUGUCUGAUGAAGCGGUGUCCCCGACUGCCAUGCUCCAACCCAAAUGUGCUGCCAGGGGACUGCUGCCCCCAUUGUCCAGUUCCUCCAUCAGACUGUGUGCAUGAGCAAAGGCCCUACAGACAUACAGAGCAUUUCUACAGCCCAGCUGACAACUGUCAAUCAUGUGUUUGCAACAACGGCACCGUUCGCUGUCGGCACAAGCCCUGCCCUUUUGCUUCAUGCUCUCACCCCAUCACACAAGACUGCUGCCGGACCUGUGAAGGCUGUUUUUAUGAAGGCCGAGAGCGAGCUAAUGGGGAGUCGUGGGAUGCAACGUCAGACCCGUGUACUGGGUGUGUUUGUCGUGGGGGCACUGUGCAGUGUGAGAGGAAACGCUGUCCCCCAUCCAACUGUAACCACCCAGUUCAGAGACAGUGCUGCAUGUCCUGUGAUGGCUGCAUGUUUCAUGGUAAAGAAUAUCCUGAUGCUACAGAGUUUGGUGAUGAUAGAGACCCCUGUGACGUGUGUUACUGUUAUGGAGGGGAUGUCACCUGCACUACGUUACCCUGUUAUGAAGACUGCAGUCACCCUUACAAACCACCAGGGCAAUGUUGUGGAGAAUGUGAACGCUGCGUCUAUAACAGUGUGGUCCUCAUCAAUGGACAGUCCAUCCCGGACCCAGGGAACCCCUGCUCAGAAUGUAUCUGCCAGAGCGGCUCAGUCCGAUGUGUGAGGAAGCCAUGUCCAGCAGUCCUCUGUCCUCAUCCAGUCACCAACCCAUGUGGCUGCCCAGUCUGUGAUGGUAACCAGCUUACAACCAGCAACAGCUCAUGUUAUCUAGGGGAAGAAAGAGGAGAGCGAGGGUGCCAAGACUGCACAUGCUCAAGAGGGGAAGUGGAGUGUGUGCAGAGAAGGUGCCCUGCUGUGUCAUGUCCACACCCAGCUCUGGAUGGCUGCUCAUGUGGAGUGUGUGAUGGAUGUAGCUUCAGUGGGCGAAAUUGUUUCAGUGGGGAGCGAUUCCCACACCCUGAAGACCACUGUCAGCUCUGCUCCUGUCUGAAUGGAGGUGUGGUGUGUGCACCUGCUUCUUGUCCAAGUGUGGCUUGCAGGUAUGCAGAGACUCUUCCAGGGGAAUGCUGCCCUGUGUGUACUGGGAAGUGUUUGCAUCGGGGUCAAGAGCAUCAGUCCGGCUCCACCUUCACAUCACCCUCAGAUCCCUGCUCCACAUGCACCUGCCUGAAUGAAGUGGUGACCUGUAACAGGAGACCUUGUCUGGUCCAGUGCUCACAUCCUGUCCCUUCAGAUACCUGCUGCCCCGUCUGUGACUCCUGCUUCUUUGACGGAGUUGUGUACUCCCACGCUCAGAUUUUCACAUCCUCAUCCGAUCCCUGCCAGCGCUGCACUUGUGUCAGAGGCACAGUUUCCUGCAUCCCUCUUGUAUGUCCACCAACACCCUGCGCUCAUCCCGUUGUUAAGCCAGGACAGUGCUGUCCUGAGUGCACAGUGUGUAUGCUGGAUGGACAAGAAUUCAGGGAUGGGCAGAAAUGGACCCUGAGUACAAACCACUGCUCCACCUGCACUUGCCAAAGAGGUGAGGUGCAGUGUGCAUCUCCAGAGUGUCCCAAACUGCCUUGUGUGCAUCAGGUGACUGAUCUUGGAGCCUGCUGUCCUCGCUGUAGAGGUUGUGUAUAUGGAGGUGAGGAGCAUGCAGAGGGCAGCAGCUGGUUUGCAGACUCCACUCCCUGUAUGACUUGCAUGUGUGUGGACAGCGUGACUACCUGCUCUGAGUUACGCUGUCUAUCUCAAUGUGUCAACUUCAUCAGGGUGCCUGGGGAGUGCUGUCCAAUGUGUGCUGACUGCGUAUUUGAAGGCCAAGUGUAUGGUCCAGGGGAUACUUUCCAUCCAGCUGAUGACCCCUGUCAGAUCUGCACAUGUGAGAUGAUGCCAGAUGGAGAGCAACACCUGAGGUGUUACCGAAAGCAAUGUCCCAGUUUGGUUGACUGCCCCAAGAGCAACAUUUUGUUUACUGGACCAGACUCCUGCUGUCCCUUCUGUGCACAGCCUCUUACAAACUGUACUACUACUCUGAUUGGCAACGAAGUGUUGGCAACAGAUGACCCCUGUUUCACCUGCCAGUGCCAGGACCUGACAUGGACUUGUUUACAACAAAGCUGCCCUCCGCUUACAUGCUCUUUCAAUGAGCAGUUCACUCCUCCAGAUUCCUGCUGCCCCGUGUGUAAAGACUGUGUGAUUGAGGGUCAGAACAAGCAUGUACCUAAUGGCACCAGCUGGACAGACAGCGAUGAUGAUUGUGUCACAUGUACCUGUAUUUUGGGCCACAUUGAGUGCAGCAUUGAGGAGUGUUCACCUGCUGUUUGUGAGAAGGGGCAAAAACAAGCGAAGAUACCAGGAAAAUGCUGCUAUGAAUGUCAAGACUCAGGGGACCCGUGCUUGUAUCAGGGGACCAUCCAUCAAUCUAAUCAACAGUGGGAGGUGGAUGAGUGUACCAGCUGUGUGUGCGUGUCUGGAGACGUACACUGUCGCAGUGAACGCUGCCCUCCUCUAACAUGUGCCUCAGAUGAGAUGCCCGCAGUUGCUCCAGGUUUGUGUUGUCCUCAUUGCCUUCCUCGUCCAGCUACCUGCAUUGCCUUUGGCGACCCUCAUUACCGCACCUUCGACGGCCGCAUGCUGCACUUCCAGGGAACAUGUACAUAUGUCCUGACACAGGAUUGUGAAGGUGGAGACUUCAGGAUUCAUGUCACAAAUGAUGAUCGUGGACGUAAAGGGGUGUCCUGGACUAAAGAAGUGACAGUGUUUUUAGGAGAUGUUAAAGUGCAGCUACUUCAAGACUGGGCUGUGAAGGUGAAUGAAGAGGUUGUGACUCUGCCAUUCCUUAGAGAACCAUACAUCUAUAUAGAACAACAAACCAACACUGUCUUACUCAACACUGACAUUGGACUGAAGGUGCUGUGGAGUCCUCGAUCCCACCUGGAAGUGAGUGUGCCAGGCUCUUAUAAGGGCCGUACAUGCGGUCUUUGUGGGAACUUCAACAGCUUCUUCCAGGAUGACCUCAAAAUGCCAAGUGGACAAAGCAGCCAAUCAGAAUCAGAGUUCGGUAACAGCUGGGAGGUGACGAAUGGAAGCUAUUCCCGCUCAUCCUGUCGUCCUGGUGAGGAUGUUGAUCCCUGUAAAGGUGCAGGCUAUCAGGCCAAGAAGGGGGCCCACGCCCGGUGUAAAGUACUGAAGUCUGCAGUUUUCAAGUCCUGUCAUCGCGUGGUGCCUCCUGAACUGUGGUACGGUGCCUGUGUAUAUGACCUCUGUGCUUGUGGGGCCAAUUCUGAUGAGUGUUUGUGUGACACAUUGGAGGCUUAUGCCAGCCAAUGCAGAGAGGCGGGAGUGGUCCUGCAGUGGAGGAGCGCAUCGCUGUGUGCUGUGGGCUGUCCUGUGGAGAGGGGAUUUGUAUUUGACGAGUGCGGCCCCCCAUGUCCUGUUACCUGCUUUAACGUUGACGUACCACUCGGGGUGAUAGAGAGCCACUGCUUCAAGCCUUGUGUUCCAGGCUGCCAGUGUCCUGCUGGUCUGGUUCUACACAACAACUACUGCAUACAGCCAGAAAAGUGUCCCAAGAUCAUCCAUGGCAGCUCUUUGUGAUGCUUGAACCGCUCAGUUACAAAUGUUGCAGACAAACAUGCACUGCCACCUCUGCACCAACCUCCUGUUACUGUUUGUCAAGCUGGAAAAUCAUCCAGAUGCUCCUCCAGGAUUCUGGAUUUUGACUGAAAAUAAAGACAUUAUAUGUAGCACUGAGUAUUUAUACUACACACAUUUUAAUUAUACUUGUCCAUUGUUACUAUCCCUAAGUACUUUUAUUUACACCUUUUAGAGAUAUUGUCUAUAACAAUCAAAACGUUUUACCAGUAUUACUAAUGAUUAAGUGGGCAUUUGUUUACUAUGCAGGUUUAACUUUAUCGUUGUGCAAUCUCUGAUUCUGUGUACAGUAAGCCACAUAACCUCAGGUUCUAUUCAUGUUCAAUGUUGCAAAUGAAACAAAAACUAGCACUAAUGUUUGUUGAUGUUUCAUUUUCUGUUGUGCUGACUGUUGUUCUGGUCACUUAUCAAUAAAUUGCUGUGUGAUGAGUGAUAAUCUGCAUUGCUAAAGUUUUUCAAAUUUGAAUAAUCAUACUGUCAAAAAUUACAAAGACUGAGUAUUAAUUCCAUAUAAACACCAGUUAUGUAACUAAAGUAAAUAAAUAUCAACUUAUGUACCUGAGAGUGGAAACUUCUAAUUUAAUUAAAUUAAACU